UGAUGCAGCGGCAAAAAACAUGUCUGCUAAGUCUGUGUUCAAAAUAGCUAACCAAAAUGUGUUGAUGUUGUAAUAAUAUAAAAAUAUAACUCUGUUCAUUUUCUUUUCUAGUUAAUGGGACCUUGUGUUUAAUGUCCGACAACUAAAGGGAAAAUGACGUCAAUUAUCAAGUUGACAGCGGUGUCUGGGGUACAGGAGGAGUCCGCCCUUUGUUACCUGCUACAGGUGGAUGAAUUUCGUUUCCUGCUGGACUGUGGCUGGGAUGAGAACUUUUCAGUAGACAUCAUUGAUGCCAUGAAACGAUAUGUUCAUCAGGUUGAUGCAGUUCUUCUCUCACACCCUGAUCCGAUUCACCUGGGAGCUCUGCCCUAUGCAGUGGGCAAACUUGGUCUAAACUGUACUAUCUAUGCCACAAUUCCUGUCUACAAGAUGGGUCAGAUGUUCAUGUAUGAUUUGUAUCAGUCUCGAAACAACAGUGAAGAUUUCACGCUUUUCACCCUUGAUGAUGUGGACAGUGCUUUUGAUAAAAUCCAGCAACUGAAAUACUCUCAGAUUGUCAAUCUGAAAGGAAAGGGCCAUGGGCUUUCCAUCACUCCUCUCCCAGCUGGACACAUGAUUGGAGGCACUAUUUGGAAGAUUGUCAAGGAUGGGGAGGAGGAGAUUGUGUAUGCUGUGGACUUUAACCAUAAGAGAGAAAUUCACCUCAACGGAUGCACACUGGAGAGCAUCAGCCGUCCAUCAUUACUUAUCACAGAUUCCUUCAACGCUACCUAUGUACAACCACGUCGAAAACAAAGAGAUGAGCUGCUGCUUACCAAUGUCAUGGAGACCCUGCGUGGUGAUGGUAAUGUCCUCAUUGCUGUGGAUACGGCUGGGCGGGUACUGGAGCUGGCUCAGCUCCUAGACCAGAUUUGGAGGACAAAGGAUGCUGGGCUGGGAGUUUACCCACUUGCUCUGCUUAACAACGUCAGCUACAACGUUGUAGAGUUCUCCAAAUCCCAGGUGGAAUGGAUGAGUGACAAACUCAUGAGGUGCUUUGAGGACAAGAGAAACAAUCCCUUCCAGUUCCGACAUUUGACUUUGUGCCACAGUCUGGCGGACCUGGCCCGGGUGCCCAGUCCCAAGGUGGUCCUUUGCAGCCAGCCAGAUCUUGAGUCUGGUUUUUCACGAGAACUUUUUAUCCAAUGGUGUCAAAACGCCAAAAAUUCCAUCAUCCUAACCUACCGUACUACACCUGGAACCCUAGCCCGCUACCUCAUCGACAAUCCAGGAGAAAAGAUGCUGGAUCUUGAGGUCAGGAAGAGAGUAAAACUCGAGGGAAAGGAGCUUGAGGAGUUUCUGGAAAAAGACAAAAUAAAGAAAGAAGCAGCUAAGAAACUUGAACAAGCAAAAGAGGUGGAUGUGGAUUCCAGUGAUGAGAGUGAUAUGGAUGAUGAUCUGGACCAGCCAGCUGCUGUGAAAACAAAGCAUCAUGACUUGAUGAUGAAGGGUGAGGGAAACCGUAAAGGCAGCUUCUUCAAACAAGCCAAGAAGUCAUAUCCAAUGUUUCCAACACAUGAGGAGAGAAUCAAAUGGGACGAGUAUGGAGAAAUCAUCAGGCUGGAGGAGUUUCUGGUUCCUGAACUGCAAGCCACAGAAGAAGAGAAGAGCAAACUGGAAUCUGGGUUAACCAAUGGAGAUGAGCCCAUGGACCAAGAUCUGUCUGUCGUCCCCACCAAAUGCAUCUCAAGCAUGGAAAAUCUUGAAAUAAGAGCCAGGGUGACGUACAUUGACUAUGAAGGCCGCUCUGAUGGCGACUCCAUAAAGAAGAUCAUAAAUCAAAUGAAACCCAGGCAGCUGGUGAUCGUCCGUGGCCCCCCUGAAGCCAGUCUGGACCUGGCUGAAUCAUGCAAAGCUUUCAGCAAAGACAUCAAAGUCUACACACCCAAACUGCAGGAAACGGUGGACGCCACCAGUGAGACCCACAUCUACCAGGUGCGAUUGAAAGACUCCUUGGUGAGCUCCCUGCAGUUCUGUAAGGCCAAAGACACAGAGCUGGCGUGGAUCGAUGGUGUGCUGGACAUGCGCGUGGUGAAGGUGGAUACCGGCGUGAUGCUGGAGGAGGGUGUGGCCGAAGAGCCGGAGGACGGGGAGAUGCUGGUGGACGUUGCCCCUGAUAUGGACAUCGACCACAACGCCACCGCUGUGGCGGCCCAGCGGGCCAUGAAGACCCUGUUUGGAGAGGACGAGAAGGAGCCGUCAGAAGAGAGCGAUGUCAUCCCCACUCUGGAGCCGCUGCCCCCAAAUGAGAUUCCAGGGCAUCAGUCCGUGUUCAUCAACGAGCCUCGACUGUCUGACUUCAAGCAGGUCCUGCUGAGAGAGGGCAUCCAGGCCGAGUUUGUAGGGGGAGUGCUCGUAUGCAACAACAUGGUGGCCGUGCGCAGAACGGAGGCCGGGCGCAUCGGCCUGGAAGGCUGCCUGUGUGACGACUACUAUAAGAUCCGGGAGCUGCUGUAUCAGCAGUACGCUGUUGUAUAGCAGCAGCGGGCCGCACGGCCGCAGAGCACACCACGGAAGACAGAGACAAUCUUUUACAUGGACCCGACCUCACAGGGAGAGGAGUGUCCCUCUGAGCUGCUCCAGCCGUUUCGUUGCAAAUCUUGUACAUUUUCACUUUUAUACUUUUUUUUUUUUUUUUCUAGUCAACAUUUCCUUUAUUAGUUUACCUCCAUAAAGUGAAAGGAUAGAUGCUUCUGCUGAGAGGGCGUCCCUGUGUGAACAGACUGCAGCUCCACCCACUGUACAGACACACUGACCUCUUGUUCUGUCAUUAAAACCUUUUUUCAUAG